CACACCAAAGAGGUCACCACCUCACCACAGUGAAUGCCUCUCCGGCGCCCGCCCCGCCCUCGUGGCCUCAUCACAAAGCGAGGGAAAAAAAAAGAAAAGAAAAGAAAAAUCACGAGUGGAAUCGUUGAUCCGCACGAGACAAUCCUUGCUCGCUUAGAAGAUUCCUACCCUUACGUUUGGUUGGAUGCUUGGAUCUCCAUUUCCUCCCUCUGAACAUUCACCCGUACCGAAGACUCUGAUUCCAGACUCGAUCCACGCGGCGCGCCACCUGUUCGAGGUAAUUCCCUCCCAGAUACAACCUGCCAUCGCCGCCUCCUAGUGCUCCGGCCCGGCGCCGGCCAUGUCGCUGGCCUGCGGCCUGCCGCUGCUCGAGUGCGUCUACUGCCUCGCUUGCGCGCGCUGGGCAUGGAAGCGCUGCCUCCACAGCGGCGAGGUCGACAGCGCCACCUGGGGCCUCGCCUCCGCCGACGACUUCGAGCCCGUGCCGCGCAUGUGCCGCCUCGUCAUGGCCAACUACGAACCCGAUCUCUCCCCCUCCGCCCCGCUCCUCUUCGCGCCGCCCGGCGGCUACGGCAUCGACCCCGCCUGCGUCCUCCGCCGCCGGACCUACGCCGACACACGCGGCCGCGUCACGCCCUACCUCCUCUACCUCGAUCACGCCCACGCCGACAUCGUCCUCGCGCUCCGCGGGCUCAACCUCGUCAAGGAGUCCGACUACGCGCUCCUUCUCGACAACCGUCUCGGCAAGCGCCGCUUCGACGGCGGCUACGUCCACAACGGCCUCCUCAGGGCCGCCGGCUGGGUGCUCGAUGCUGAGUGCGACCUCCUCAGGGAACUCCUCGAGACGUACCCCGACUACACGCUCACCUUCACGGGUCAUUCUCUGGGCGCCGGCAUCGCCGCCAUGCUCACCAUGGUCGUCGUCCUCAACCUCGACAAGAUUGGCAACAUCGACAGGACCCGCACACGCUGCUACGCCAUGGCGCCGGCCAGGUGCAUGUCGCUCAACCUCGCCGUCAGAUAUGCUGACGUUAUCAAUUCGGUCGUCCUUCAGGACGACUUCUUGCCCCGGACGGCUACUCCUCUUGAAGACAUUUUCAAGUCGAUCCUCUGCUUGCCUUGCCUCCUAGGUUUGAGAUGUUUGAGGGAUACAUGUAUACCUGAAGACGCUAUGCUUAAGGAUCCAAGGAGGCUUUAUGCACCAGGCCGGAUUUAUCACAUAGUCGAAAGAAGAACGUGCAGGUGCGGAAGAUAUCCACCGGUAGUCAAAACAGCUGUGCCGGUGGAUGGUAGAUUUGAGCACAUAGUUCUUUCCUGCAAUGCCACAGCGGACCAUGCCAUUAUUUGGAUUGAGAGGGAGGCCCAGAAGGCUUUGGAUCUGAUGCUGGAGGAGGAGAACACGCUGGCAGUGCCGUCGGAGCAGCGGAUGGAGCGGAACGAAACCCUGCAGAGGGAGCAUGUGGAGGAGCACAGGGCCGCUCUGCGCCGGGCCGUCACGCUGUCGGUGCCAGACGGGCGGCGACCGUCGCCGUACGGUACGUUUGACGACGUGGAGCAGCAUCGCCAGCAGCCGGAGAGGAGCGAGAGCUUCCCGCCGGCGGGGCCCAGGCAGCGCAUGAGCUGGAACGACCUGAUCGAGCGAGUGUUCGACAAGGACGAGGACGGCCAGAUCGUGCUGCGCAGCUCGGUUCUUCUCUGACGGGCGGCUGGGCCGUUGUAAAUUCCUUUGGUCUUGUAGCUGUGCUGCCUCUCCCUGUAGUACCCCCAUUUUUCCUGUGUUAUUAUUGGUUGUUCAAUGUAAUUCCUUCAUUCAUUGAAGAGGAUUCUUUUUCUCA